AUGUCGAUUCAAACAAGAGGAUUGAAGGAAGAAUAUGUUCCAUUACACGAGAUCAAAAGACCAAUCCCACCGGUUUUGGACCAUCAAAAGAUAGACGCGAUGGUUUCAACGUUGAAGGGUGUACCCAUGGGAUCCGCUACUUGUAAGGUUGAAGACAUCACUGAGGGUGAACUACCCCCAAUUGACGUUUUCAAAGUUAGAGAGAAAGGUAAAACUUAUUAUUUUGCUUUUGGUGGGUGUCACAGAUUCCAAGCAUACGAUAGACUAAGCCAAGAGGAUAAUUGUAAAGAAAUAAUGGUCAAGAGUAGGAUAAUACCUGCAACCAAAAAAACAUUGGAAUUGUACUUGGGCUCUUCUGUCCAUUCUAUAUUUGAGGAUUUAGCUAAACAAGAUGAAGAGAAGCAAGAUGAAGGAGAUCAAUCGGUAUAG